AGCCAACCCACAGACACGGUGUCCAUAUUUAGUCACUGCUGAGUCACCAGCUUCAUGGUUUGCAUGAAGAAACGUGAGUAUAAGAAGUGGUGGUUUGUAGAAGCUGCUGCAGACAUCAGACUCACAGACACAGUUUUUACUUCAGGAUGACUUCCUGUGUGGUGUCCCUCUUCUUCUUGGCCUUCCUGUGUUCCUCCAUCAAUGCCGUCGAUCCCACCGGCCUCAAACUGAGAAUCACCAACAGAGCGCUGAAUAUUUUGAGAGACAUUGGCCUGGAGUUUCUACAGACGCUGGUUAACAGACCUUUUGACUUCACACCCCUGGAUGCUCGCUUGAAGUGCACCAUUAGAAGGUUGACGCUGACACGUCUAAAUCCAGAUCAGGUUGAUCUCAGUUUCCAACAAGGUUCAGGUCUCCAGUUUGAGAUCAAGAACCUGAACUUCGCUGGAGACCUUGAGCGGGAAGUCAGGCUGUGUUUGUGGAGAGAAUUUAAUGUUGAUGAAGGAAGUACGGCGUUCGGAGGAGCAGGCGUGAGCGCCACCAUAGGAGUGAAACUGAGCCGAAACCGGCAAGGACGUCUGAGCAUCGAGAUACCAAACUGUGUCUUCAGAGCUGAUGUCAUCCUCACACAGUCCACCGGCUGGAUCGGGCGUCUGGUGGACAUACUCAGACCAGUUCUCCAGCACUUUUUCAACACCCAGCUCUGUCCUGCUGUUCAGAGUCACGCUGUUCCUCGAGUUAACUCCAUGUUGGAGAGCAUCUCCAUGGCGAUGACACUGUACGAAGGCCUCGGCAUCAACAUCGACUACUCUCUGAGCGGAGACGUCACAGUGGCCUCCACAUUCCUCGAUGUGCCUUUCAAAGGCUUAGUGUUCAGGCAGGGCGAGACUGUUGAUGCUGGUUCAAUAAGAAGAGGUGCAGAUCCAGUUUUCAGAGAAAGUGACCGGAUGGCUUACGUGGGCGUCUCUGAGUUCCUCAUCAACAGUGCCAUCAUGUCGGUUUACAGCACAGGAGUCAUGGCGCAGGCUCAAACGGUGACUGGUGGAGCUGCAAGGACUCUGAGAGCUCUGCAGUUGUUUAGGCAACCAUCCCGAAUGAACAAUCCCCUCUCUGCUGAACUGGAAGUCACAGAGGCGCCGAGCAUGAGCAUCAGCAGGAAUGCCGGAAUGACGGUCACUGCCAGAGCCAGAGUCCGAGUGUUCGCAGUGCCGGCUAGGAGGGAACAGGAGCAGCUCCUCUCGGUGUCGGCGAGGUGUACGGUUCAGAUGACGGUCGCUAUCCAUGGAAACUUCCUGACUCUCCCUUCAGGCAACGUCGACUGUAGAAUCAUCACCAAAAAUUCGAUCAGAGACGCUCUGGUGAAACCUUUGAAUGGACUGAUGUCGACAAAGCUCAGGGACUUCCUGCGUGACUGCUUUGAUAAAGGAGUACUGAUCCCUCUGCCUGAAGGAAUGGGCUUCACUCAGGGACAGAUCGACUACCAGGAUGGCUUCAUGGUGGUCGGGGGGGACCUGACCUUAACCCCAGAUGUGAGGAAGAAGAUGGUGCAGGAUUUCGGCCGAUGAGAAGGAUCUUCGGACCCUGCUUCAGAACCUGGACUACAAUGAUCCACAUCACAGCAGCUCUGAGGAUCCUGUUUGCUCCACUUCCUGUCUCUCACUGCGUCACUGAGUUCAGACUUUAGUGAUACUAAAAGUACUAGUUAAAGUACUAGUACAUGUUCUGCUUGUUACUCUGAUAAAUAAACGGCUUCAGCAUCA